AUGAGUGUGGAGAAGCAAGUAAAAGUCAGCAGCUCUGCUGUGCGCUAUGGCGCAUCUUAUGGAAGCAACAAGCUCUUCUCUAUGGCCAGGAGUAGUGCCAGAGUUUCUGGAGGCUCUGGAGGAGGAGGCUUUGGUGGAGGCUAUGGAGGAGGCUAUGGAGGAGGCUAUGGAGGGGGCUAUGGAGGAGGAGGCUUUGGAGGAGGCUCUGGAGGAGUUGGACUCUCCAGAGCCGUUGGGCUUGGGGCAGCAGCAGGUGGAGCAGGUUUUGGCUUACGAGGCGGCCUUGGACUGGCUGGUGGUGCUGCUCUGAGAGCUGGGUUAGGUGCAGGCUUGGGUGGGGGUACAGGAGCAGGAUUUGGGUUCGGAGGUGGCAUUGGUGGUGCAGGAGGUAGAUUUGGAGGAGCCAUAGGUGUACUAAAAGGUCGCUUAGGAGGCAGAGGUUUCAAGAUAGGCAGCUAUGGUGGAAGUCCAUCCUUCCUAUUUGCUAGUGUCAAGCCAGGACUUGGGGGAUUGGGAAGCGGUCCAAGUGCUCCUGAUAUUCCAUCUAUUGACCCAUCCUUGCCCUCUGUGGACACUGUUCAAGUCACCCGCCUUAAGGAGAAGGAGGAACUCCAGAUAUUGAACAACAAGUUUGCCAGCUUCAUUGAUAAGGUCCGCAGUCUGGAGCAGCAGAACACCAUUCUGAAAGCCCAGAUCAAUCUGUACAACAGGAGUGACCCCAGUGCUCCGGCCAGCCCCGGAGUGGUCGCAACUACUGCCAUCGCUGGAUACAGAGCCCAGGUUGACAUUUUAUCUCAAACCAAGACCGCACUUUUGGCAGAAAUCGAUUAUUACAAGCAAGUGAUUGAAGAAGUCCAGUCCAAAUUUGAGGAGGACAGCGCAUCCACAAAGUCUCUGGAGUCAGAAUGGACUGCACUUAAAGAGGAUGUGGACCAUCUGUAUCUGACCAUCUUUGACUUACAGACAAAACUAACUGGGGUGGAGGAUCAGAUCACUCUGUCUAGACAGCUGUACGACGCUAAAGUCAGAGAAGUCCAGACCAUCGUCACCAGCGGCACAAAGGCAGCCAUUUCCAUUUCAUUUGACAACUAUGCCCAAGCGGUGGACCUGACUUCGGCCAUUUCUGAUAUGAAAGCACAAUAUGAAUUACUUGUCGCGAAGACCAAACAGGAGGCAUUUGCAGUGGCCGAGAGCAAGAUUUUUCUGGCAAGUGGUUCUUCCCAACCAUCCGUACAAGCACUCACAGCCUAUAAAGAGGAAUACAGGACGCUCAAACAUCAGGUUGACUCAGUUCAACGUGAGAUGGAAAGGAUUAAGUCUUUGAACAUCCAACUGGAAUCUUCCAUAGCAGAAGCCGAAGGAAACUCAACCAACGAGGUUGACACCUACCAAGAACAGGUCACAGCUCUCAAAUCUCAACUGGAUGACAUUAGAAAGCAAAUUGCUCACUAUUGUCAAGAAUACCAGGAUCUACUGGCCAUGAAGAUGGGACUAGACGUAGAGAUUACAGCCUACAAGAAGCUGAUGGACAGUGAAGAGUUAAGACUUAGCUCUGGAAGUGGCAUCACUGUUCAGAUGUCCAAAUCUUCUACCGGAGGAGCUGCAUCCAUAGGAGGUGGUGGAGGGGCUGGUGGAGCUGGUUAUGGUGGAGGCCUUGGUGGUGGCCUUGGAGGAGGACUAGGAUAUGGUCUCGGAGGAGGUCUUGGACUUGGUGGUGGCCUUGGUGGUGGCCUUGGUGGUGGCUUAGGGCUUGGCCUUGGUUCCGGACUUGGCAGUGGCAUCAGCAUAAGCCUUGGUGGUGGAGGAUUUGGAUCUAGCCUUGGAGGAGGAUUACAGUUUGGAAGUCUGAAUUCCAGCUCACUAUCCACUUCCACUGCUUAUUGAAGAUCACGAACCUGAUAUUAAAGAACAACAUCUGUUCCGAAUUUCUGAGAAUCCCCAUUGAAUAGCCGCGCAGUGAUAACAGCCGGAUUUUUCUCAAUGUAAAAAAGUUACUGCAUAUCUGCACUUAAUGGGCUUCCGAAGAAGUCGACAUUGCUUCAAGAUUCUCUGCCAUUUUCUUACAUGGGACUGUUUUGUCAGUUCGUAUUGUACCUAUUGUAUUAUUCUUCUUCUGUGUCAGUUUAUGGUGAUUUUAGGCUUUCCAUUUCUUUCCUGUUCCCUUUCCAUAAUUUUUUUUUAUAAAUUAUACAUGUAACCUCCACCCUUGCCACAUAAAUCUCUAAUGACUGAGCUGCAGGAAGUUUAGCCUAAUCUGGGAAUUAUCACUGUGCCGAACUGACAAGGGCAUGUCUCCUCCACGCUGCGUGUAAGGCUGAACGUGUGCAAUAAUAUAGUGGCGGUAUGUGUCAUGACGGAG